GACUUUUGACCAAUUAGAACCAAGUCCUGUUCAACAUCGCCUCAAUAUUUAUUUGGAUGUUCUGCGAUCUGGCUGCCGUGGGUGACAAUAACAGGUGGGGAAAUUCCAACAGGCAUUUAUUCCGUCGGAUAUCGCCUUCAUCAGAGCGGCGGAGAUAGUCUCUCAUCCGAGCGGGGGGUGAAUGGCUAGCUGUGUCCUUGAAUUGGGAUCACCCGUCUCGAACUCACAGGAUGGAAAGUGGAGAUUGUAAUGGUCUUCGGCCACGUAUGCGAAUCAUCCCCGAAAUGCCUGCGUUUCCUGACCUGAAAAGCCCUAUUGUGAUGGAAGGCAGUCAGGCUGAGGAACGGCAGGGCUUUGGAGACCUCAUAAACAGCAACGGAAAAAUGGAAUUAGAAUAUGUGAUCAGCAAGAAACUGCAACUGAAGAUGAAAGCAGAGCACCUGAGAUGUGACCUGAUCCGUCAGUUUGACAGCCAUGUCAGUGAGCUUGUGGACAGUCUGAUCGAGGAGUCCGUCUCUCUGGAGCCGACCCCCUUACCGGCAAACUUCUCUCCCUCGAUGUCGGACAAAGAGAGGAGCAAACUCAGGAGUAUCCGGCCGCCCCACGGUGAGGGCAAGCAAUUUGUGAACCGCAGAUCCCUGCUGGAUGAGCUGUUUGAGGUGAACCACAUCCGGACCAUCUACCACAUGUUCAUCGCCCUCCUCAUCCUCUUCAUCCUGAGCACCCUGGUCGUGGAUUUUAUCGACGAAGGCAGACUGGUGCUUGACUUUGACCUCCUGGUCUACGUCUUUGGGCAGUUUCCCCUGGUGGUGUGCACGUGGAUCUACAUGUGCGUGUCCGCGUCACUGGUUCCCUUUAUGCUGUUCCAGACGUGGGCCCAGAGUCAGUGUGGCUCCGGUGGCCACCCCAGGCUGUGGAGCCUGCUGUAUGGCUCGGCCUUUCUCCUCUACCAAGCCGUGGGCCUGGGGUUCCUGCCUACCUACGUGGCCGUCAGCAACAGCCUGCCGCCUGCGUCCUCCUUCAUCGUUAUCCUGGAGCAGGUGCGUCUCAUGAUGAAAACGCACUCCUUUGUGCGGGAGAACGUUCCACGAGUGCUCUCAGCUGCUAAGAAGAAGAACGACUCAGUCCCAUUGAGGCCACAUAUCAACCAGUAUCUCUAUUUCCUCUUUGCGCCUACCCUCAUUUACAGAGAUCACUACCCCAGGAAUCCAUUGAUCAGGUGGGGUUACGUGGCCACAAAGUUACUGCAGGUGCUGGGAUGUCUGUUCUACGCCUACUACGUCUUCGUACGGCUGUGCAUCCCACAGUUUCGAAGUAUCAGUCUGCAGCUCUUUGACCUGAGGUCUCUGGUCCUGGGAGUCUUCAACUCCAUCCUGCCAGGUGCGUUGGUUCUCUUCUUGGCCUUCUUUGCCUUACUUCACUGUUGGCUCAAUGCGUUUGCCGAGAUGCUUCGCUUUGCUGAUAGGAUGUUUUACAAGGAUUGGUGGAAUUCAACGUCUUUUGCCAAUUACUAUCGUACUUGGAAUGUGGUGGUCCAUGAUUGGCUGUACUACUACGUGUACAGGGACUUCCUGUUGAUGUCUGGGAUGCGAUUCCGUGCAGCUGCCAUGUUUUUCGUGUUCACCGUGUCUGCGGUGGUUCAUGAGUACAUUCUAGCCAUUUGCUUUGGCUUCUUCUACCCCGUCCUCUUCUGCCUGUUCAUGUGCUUCGGAAUGAUGUUCAACUUCAUCCUCCACGACCGGCGGAGAGGUCCUAUAUGGAACGUCAUCAUGUGGACGUCCCUUUUCCUGGGACAGGGGGUCAUCAUCUGUCUGUACUGCCAGGAGUGGUAUGCCCAGCGCUACUGUCCCAUCACAGAGGUCCUACAUAGGUUAUCUAUAUUUCCACAUGAGCUGCUGAGGUUAAUCUGUUUACUUCCAGCCUUCCUUUCUGGAGUUGCUGAAGCCCCGGUCCUGGAGCUGCCACCGCCAAAAAGACGGCAUGGCAGAGUCUCAGGGGAUGUGACAAGCGAUAUGUGCAUUGAUCCAAACAGUGACCAAUCAAUCCCCUGUGAACUGCGGGUGGAAAAGGGUAGAGGAGACCAACCUAUAGGUUACUGCCAUGCCUCUUUAAGAGUUUAGUUGAAUGUUUUGUGUGGCCUUUUGUUUAAUUGUAUUGCUUCAGUGUAAUGUUCUGCGCACAUGACCGUUUAAUUAUAUUGAUAGGCCCUUGAGGAAAAUCAAUUAACCGUCAGCAAAAACGAUUCCUCUGUUUUACUUUGAAUUCACUAAGCUGCCUUCUUUGUCUUUUUUUUGGUUGUCCGAGACAGCCUGGUUAAAAUAAUUGUAUGUUAAACAAAAUGUUUGUUUUAAAUGCACAUACCUGUUUUACAUAUUUUAUAUUAUGUAUGUUUCCCCUUUUUCUGUUAGUGUGUACAAGCAAUGUUUGUGCAUAAUGUGUGAUAAUCGUGUUAUGGCAGCUGAAUGCAAACCUGAAUACCCUUCUCUGGCAAAUUGUUCUUAGGAAUUAGUCAGUAGUAAUUAUACAGAUCAAACCAAAUUAUCAACCGUUCUGAGUAAUAUCUGAGGCAUAGAUCUUCCUUGACAACCAUCUAAACUCACUUUAGGGUUUGCUUAAAAAGCGAUGGAAGAGGGGUUUACUGGUACGUGAGAUUUUCUGGAAGAUAACCUUGGUACAUCACCAUACUUCUCCAGUCAUUUUUGGACCCUAAUUGAAGUCAUAUCCUCUGUCACAUUAUGCUGUGAGUUAUUCCCUAUGAUGGAAAUCCCUUUAAAAACCAAUCAGUGAGCGACAACCGAAUGUAAUAACCACGUAUGUCUAAUCUUUCUCGGAACAAAGUUUGAUGUCAAAGGAAAAGUAUAUUUAACUUGAGAAUCGUUCUAUAUAGGUAACAGGCAUCUGUAUAGGUAAUACUGGUGCAUUUGUAUUGUUGGAAACUGCCAUUACGUAUUAAAGCUACCAUGUUACUUGUUAGUGAGACCUGAUGCAAGUAAUACGAUUUACAAUGGGUCCUUUGGUAGUAAAAUAGGUUUUGUAACAAUGAUACAAUAUUUAUAUUCUGUCAAACAAAUGCUAUGGGGCACUCUUAUUAUUCUGCAUAAAUGUAGGUCUGACAUUGAAGAAUUGAAUGCAUUGAUUUUCUUUUUUAAAAAUUAUGUAAAUAUCGGGAUUUAUACAUUGCAUAAUUAACGGUGCCAACCAAGUCGAGAUGAGGUCUGUGAAACGAGGUAUUCUGUGAAAUGAACAGCACAAUAAAAAGCGAAAACCAGCUCAAUAAUACAGUGAACGUUGUAACGUUCCACGAGGUGGCAUCAUUUCGCGUUCUCCCAGCGCAGCUUCUUUUGGUCCGCUGUACAUCAAUGGCUCAUCCAUGAUCUUGGUUAAUGCUGGGCCAUUCUCAAUUUGUGCUAUGUAAUCUACUGAAGUCAAACUAUUUAAUUGAAACAAUAUAAUUGUCAUUGCUGAAACGACACAUUGUGGUUAUCGGGACUUUUUUUCAGAUUGGACAGAUUGGAAAAAAAGGCUAGCUGAUGAAGUGAUUGCUUUUUUUUUUGUUUUCUCUAGUUCUGCAAAGGCUCUGUUGGAGAAUAAACUUGAUUGUAUAAACUUGA